AUGACUCGUGUCAUGCAGGACAGUGAAGAAAAAAGUCCUGCAAACGGAUCAAGGAUGGUCCCAGUGGACAAAGCUUUUAAUGACAAACGCAAAAAGCGAGGCAUUAAUGCAUUUUCUUGCCCUUCUUCUACACAAGACUCGAGACAAUUUGAUAUGGGGGAAAAGGAAGAAGUUGUCUCAACUCUAAGAGAAGUCUUACGCAUUACAGGCAUUGACUCUCAUCAACCACCUGAACUGGCUCCUACUUGUCCAAGCUUCGGGACACGAUUUCAAUGGAGCAAGUCUUUUAAACUAUUGAAAAAAAUAUCAUUUAAGCACCUACCCUCUUCUUCUUGCUUCCCAAACGCAAUGAAAUCUAAAAGCAAAAGCACUGGAGAAUAUCCUGUUCUAUGUAAUUCAGACAAAACCGGAUCUUUCGUGAAUUUCAGCCUCUCUGACCUGAAAAAUGCAACCAACAAUUUCAGCAAUGAAAACUUAAUUGGAAGAGGUGGUCAAGCUGUGGUUUACAAGGGUCGCCUCCAAGAUGGGCAACUAAUAGCGGUUAAGCGACUGGUUAAAGGGAGUGAAGAUGAGAGGACAUCAAGCUUUCUAUCUGAGGUAGGGAUUAUGGCUCAUGUUGACCAUCCUAAUACUGCCAAGCUCAUUGGAUGUGGAAUUGAGGAAGAAAUGCACCUUGUCUUCCAAUUAUCUCCACUCGGAAAUUUAGGAUCUCUUCUUCAUGGUUCAAAUAAAAUUAAAUUAGAUUGGAGUAUAAGGCAUAAAAUUAUCAUGGGAAUAGCUAAUGGCCUCCUCUAUCUUCAUGAGAAUUGUCAAAGGCGAAUCAUUCACAGAGACAUUAAACCAGAUAAUAUUUUGCUUGCCGAGAAUUUUGAACCACAGAUUUGUGAUUUUGGACUUGCGAAGUGGUUACCAGAACAAUGUAGUAGUCACUAUGUAUCCAAAUUUGAAGGCACAUUCGGGUAUUUUGCUCCUGAAUAUUUGAUGCAUGGCAUAGUAAACGAGAAAACUGAUGUUUACUCCUUUGGGAUUCUACUUUUGGAGAUCAUAACUGGGCACCAAGCUUUGGAUCAUAUGCAACAAAGUAUUGUGUUAUGGGCAAAACCUUUGUUUGAUGCUAACCAGAUUAAGGACCUUAUUGAUCCUUCUCUUGGUGAUGAAUAUGACCGAGAACAAGUGCAUCGUGCUGUUUUGACUGCAUCUUUAUGUGUUGAGCAAUCUCCUAUCUUACGCCCCAGCAUGAGUCAGGUUGCAAUAUUGCUAAGAGGCGAUGACGCUGCGCAUGAAAUUGUUGAAGAAUGUCCAAGUCCCUCUCUCCAAAGAACAUGCUCGGAGGAGUUACAGGAUAUAGUACGAUAA